AGCGUGUGCGGGGCGUGGGCUGAGCUCAGCGUUUGGCUCCGCUCCGGGAUCCCGGCCCGGAAUGUCGCUGCGAGCGCCGGACGGGACGGCUGCGGAGCGGGCCCACGCGCAGAGCGGACUCUCUCACCCCACGACCCCCCAGAGGCACCCAUCACCCCCCCCGCCCCCCCGCCGGGCCCCAUGGAGGGCGCUGUGCCCCCCCCGGGCUGCUCGGCCAUUUCGGGGGGGGGCGGCGCUCGUCGGGAGCGGCGGUGGGUGAAAUACGACGGCAUCGGACCGGUGGAUGAGACGGGACUGCCGCUCGCAUCGCGAUCCAGCGUGGAUCGGCCCCGGGAUUGGUACCGCUGUAUGUUCCAGCAGAUCCACUGCAGGCUGCCCGAACCGGAGUGGGACGCACAGUGCUGCGCUACAGCCCAGCCCAGAAGUGAACCCCCCGCGGCCCCUCCGGCGCUGCCCAACGGGACGGAGCGGACCCCAUGGGGCGACGGCGGUGACACCGCAGAGCCGGGCAGCGUCUUUGCCUACGAACCGGGAGCUCUCAAUGGGGCGCCCCAUAGAGGUGCGGGGUGUGCGCACCGCGACCCCAUAUCCCCUCCGCAGCCCCCGGGAGCUGUGCCUGCAGUGCCGCCCAUCGAGGUGCAGCUGCAGCGGGAAUUGGAGCAGCUGAGUGCAGAACUGGAUGAGGACAUCCGCGCCAUGGAGCGGCCGCAGCGGCGCCCCACCGCCCGCAGCGCCCACAGCGCCCGCAGCGCCCCACCGACCCCCACCGCGCCGCUGACGGCGCUGUCCCCCCACGGACUGCAGAGCCGCCCCACGGCGCGGGAGGGGUCGGGGGGGUCCGUGGAGCGGAGCGGCAGAGAGCCCCCCCCGCCCCCCCCCGCCCUCCCCGGCGCAGCGGAUUUGGGGUCCGCCCCCCGCGGUGCAGCCCAGAUGGCGGCCGCCCGUCUGAAGUUCGACUUCCGCGCUGAGUCCCCCAGAGAGCUGUCGCUGCGCAGAGGGGACGUUGUGCUGCGGCUGCGCGCGGUGGACUCCAAUUGGCUGCAGGGCGAACACCGCGGCCGCGUCGGGAUCUUCCCACGCACAUACGUGGAGCUGCUGCCGCCCGGAGAGACCCCGCGGCCGCGAUGGGGGACCCCGACGGCACCGCACGGCUGCGCCACCGCCGCCUUCAGCUUCCGGGGGGAACUGCCCGUGGAGCUCAGCUGCCGCAGGGGUGAGCGGCUGUCCCUGCUGCGCCGUGUGGACGCCCAUUGGUACGAGGGGUGCGUGGUGGGCACCGCGCAGCGCGGCAUCGUCCCCCGCUGCUACCUGCGUGUGCACCGCGAGCCGGGGGGCGGCCCCACUGCCCCACAGCCCACCGCCCCACAGCCCACCGCCCCACAGCCCACUGCCCCACAGCACACCGCCCCACAGCACGCCGCCCCACAGCCCCCAACCCUACAGCCCCCAACCCCACAGCCCAACCCC